AUGACUGUACUCAAUAUCACCUACGAAAAUGCGGAGAAGGCAGAUGUUGCCCAAAUUGAGGGUGCUCACACUGACCAUUUUCUUGCGGACGAAUCGAAACAUGAGGAAGGAGUUGUUGGAACUCAUGAUGCUGUGUUUGGUACACAGCAGGAAGGCGGCCCUAACUAUCGCAGUGUCGGUUGGAUUCAAACCAUGAUUAUAAUGACCAAGACGCAAAUCAGUUUGGGCGUCUUAGGUAUUCCCAGUACAUUCAACACCCUCGGUCUUGUUCCAGGAAUUAUCGCUCUCACGAGUAUCACGAUUCUCACAGGAUGGUCGAACUACAUGAUUGGGAAGUUCAAGUUAAGGCAUCCAGAGAUGUAUGGACUUGACAGCGCAGGCUUCAUGAUGUUCGGAAAACCGGGCAGAGAAGCUAUGCUCAUUAUCUUGCAGCUAUACUACUUGAUUACAGUCGGGUCAGCCUUUAUCGGUAUAUCAACCUGUCUGAAUGCUCUCUCUGAACACGGCGCAUGUACUGCAGUCUUUAUAGCAGUAGCUGCUAUUGUAGGAUUUCUAACCUCAUCGGUUAGAACUAUGAGCAAGAUUGGUAUGGUAGCAUGGAUAGGUUUAAUCUGCAUCAUGGUAUCACUUAUUACUCUUGCAAUCUCCCUGUCUCAGCAACGCCCAGUUCUUGCACCUCAGACAGGUCCAUGGGAAUCGGACUGGAAAGCAAUAGGGAGCCCAUCUUUUACUGAAGUUGCAACUGCUAUCAGCAGUAUCAUAUUCAGUCUUUCUAGUCCGCCCUACUUCUGCUCCAUCCUUGCAGAAAUGAGGGAGCCCAAAGAUUACACUAAAGCUAUGAUUUGCAGCCAGUCUAUUGUAUACUCUCUGUACCUGAUCAUUGGUGUAAUUGUCUAUUACUAUGCUGGAUCGCUUGUUACCUCACCAGCUUUGGGAACUGCUGGACCUCUGAUGAAGAAGAUCUGCUACGGCAUUGCGCUUCCUGGCCUGCUAGUUUCUACUAUGAUUAUCUGCCAUGUACCUGCAAAGAUCGUAUUUGUGCGCAUCCUGCGUAAUUCCAAACACUUGUCAGCAAAUACUGUUAUCCACUGGGCAACUUGGCUUAGCUGCACACUUGGAACGUGCAUCAUAGGCUACAUCAUUGCCAGUACAGUUCCUUCUUUUGGUACAAUAAUUGGCUUGAUUGGUGCUUUAUUUGGCACGUUUAUUACGCUACAAAUCUUUGGCGCAAUGUGGCUGUUUGAUAAUCGUCCAGGUUCAACAGUAAGCAGGAAGAGAUGGAUUGCUGGCGCUUGCUGGGCAAUUUUCAUCAUUGUUGUUGGUUUCUUCUUCCAGAUUGCAGGGACAUACGGCUCUAUUGUCGAGAUCAAAGCUCUGUACCAUGUUACAAAGCAAGGUGCUUGGUCAUGCAAAGAUAACUCAGGGCUGAUCCGAUAG